CUCUCAGACCAUUGUUGUUGUGAUUGCCGACCGGUGAGCAGAGGAGUGUUGUGUCGGGUCUGGUGCGCGGAAGGACGCAGACACACGUCUCUUUUUUCCUGCGCCUAAAAAAGGAGGCUGACUGACUGGAGGAGGCUGCAGAUCCACGUUUCAGCUGCAGAGGUUCGACCCGGUUCCCGGAGAGCCUGUUUCAGGAGAGGAGAGCUUCCAGAAGCGCUGCGUAAAGGCGCAAAUAGGACGGUUUAGUGGAACCAGAGGGACACGCGUUCUCUCUGCGGCGACGAUUCAUCCACGAAGGGGGGAUUUUUAAAGAACGAUUUAGUCAGAUUUCAUUGCUCUUUUGCGAAACAAACCUCGGAAUUUCUCUCCAUGGAUUUUUGAGCUGCCCGACAAGCCGCGGACUUUGCCCCCCGGGGACAACAGCUCCUUCACUCGGUCACCAGCUCCGGAGCAGCUGCUGUUCGUGGUCCUGGAGCUGUUUUCCUCUAAUUCAUACCUACAAAUCCUCUUUGACUUGAUUUGGAUACACACAACCUACUCACGGACUCCCUUUUGUGGAACGAUAACGCAGAUUUCCAAUGACGAUUUCAAUAUUCCCAAGAGUCGAACGGGACACGGAGUGAUUUAUUCCCCCCCCUGGUGCCACUCAUCUCUGUAGAGACAAACCAGGAGAAGAGGUUCCAGAUUUAGAGACUUUUUGUGGCUUCCUGAAGUUCCCCGAUGCGAGGGACCGGAGUGUGAGGCCCUUUCCAGGCUUCCAACUUCUGCUUUUGCCUCUUAACCAUAAGACACAUCCAGAAGAUGGUGCAGUGCUGCAUGCUCUGUGUUCUCCUGCUCUGCUUGGUGGACAGAGUCGCAGUCAGGAGUGUUCCUGAGAUAAGAACGAAAGAUCUCCGAGUGUCCAGGCCUCUGAUUGUACCAGGGUAUCCAGAAAACACCACAGGGGUGGUUGGUGGUCAAGCAAAACUCUUGUGCAAAGUCCACAGGCCGCUAUCAACCAAGGUGCAGUGGCUUAAGACAGAUUCAAGCAGCUCAGGACGAACCCAAGGAGGACUAUCUCAGAUCAAGACCUUGACAUCCCUGAAAAGUAAUGGAUCCAAGGUCAACACACUCCACCUGUCCAAUAUCACAAUGGAAGAUGCAGGCGAGUACAUCUGCUUGGCCGAGAGUGUCCAUGGGGAACAGACAGUUCAAGCCAUGCAAUCUGCGUGGCUGGAUGUCCUGCCUGGUACCAUCAAUUCCCGAACUGUAGAGAUGACAGCUGCUGCAAUCCGACCAGAGGUUCCUCAGGACAUUAGUGACGACACCACGGAGCAUCUUGUCUUGGAACCAGGAAACAGUCUGAAGCUGCGUUGCGACAUGAACACGCGGCCAGGCAUGGCGGUGAACUGGUACAAGGAAGGAGUCCGGCUUUUGCCCACGCCCCGCAUGCAGAUGCGUGGCGCCAUCAUGGAGAUCACGGACAUCACGUACGAGGAUUCUGGACUGUACGUUUGUGUUCUCCGGGGAACCAAAAGUCCCGUGAGGAACUUCACGAUUACCGUGGCAGACAUGUUAGGGUCAGGGGACGAUGAUGAGGACAACGGCUUGGAGGACCCAUCUGCUGAAACUGAAAAUGACCAAGUUUACUUCUCCAGAGGUCCCUACUGGACCCACACCCAGCGUAUGGAGAAGAAGCUGUAUGCUGUUCCCGCUGGAAACACUGUGAAGUUUCGCUGCCCUGCAAUGGGCAGUCCAGUACCAACAAUCCGGUGGCUCAAAAAUGGACGUGAGUUCAGAGGAGAGCACCGCAUCGGGGGAAUUAAACUACGACAUCAGCACUGGAGCCUGGUCAUGGAGAGUGUUGUGCCCUCAGACAGAGGAAACUACACCUGUGUGGUGGAGAACAAAUAUGGAUCCAUUACUCACAGCUAUGUUCUCGACGUUCUGGAGCGUUCACCCCACAGGCCUAUCCUGCAAGCUGGUUUACCUGCCAACACCACAGCAGUGGUAGGCAGCGAUGUUCAGUUCCACUGCAAGGUUUACAGUGACGCUCAGCCUCACAUUCAGUGGCUCAAGCACAUUGAAAGAAAUGGCAGCCGUUAUGGUUCUGAUGGCACUCCCUACGUUCAGGUCCUUAAGACUGGUAGUCUGAACAUGUCAGAGGUUGAGGUCCUCUACCUUUCCAAAGUUACCAUGGAGGAUGCGGGAGAAUACACCUGCCUAGCCGGAAAUUCAAUCGGCUUUGCCCACCAGUCGGCCUGGCUCACUGUGCUUUCAGAAGAAGAAGCAGCUGAGUCGUUGGAAACGAUUGAGACGAAGUACACCGACAUCAUCAUCUAUGCCUGCGGAUUCGUGGCUCUGAUCAUGGCCGUCAUCAUCGUGGUGUUGUGCCGAAUGCAGGUCCACCCAAGAAGGGAGCCUUUCGACGCCCUUCCUGUUCAGAAGCUCUCCAAGUUCCCUCUUCGCAGACAGUAUUCAGUGGAAUCCAACUCGUCCGGAAAGUCCAGUGCGUCUCUGAUGAGGGUGGCCCGACUCUCGUCCGGCUGUUCCCCCAUGCUGGCUGGUGUUAUGGAGUUUGAGCUUCCCUACGAUCCAGACUGGGAGUUCCCGAGGGAGAACUUGACACUGGGAAAACCUCUAGGAGAGGGCUGCUUUGGUCAGGUGGUCAGAGCUGAAGCCUUUGGCAUCAACAAGGACUGUCCGGAUCAGGCCACCACUGUAGCAGUCAAGAUGCUCAAAGACGAUGCCACAGACAAAGAUCUUGCAGACCUCAUUUCAGAGAUGGAGCUGAUGAAGGUUAUGGACAAGCACAAGAACAUCAUCAACCUACUGGGGGUCUGCACACAGGAUGGCCCCCUGUACGUGCUGGUGGAGUACGCCUCCAAAGGCAGUUUGAGGGAGUACCUGCGGGCCAGGCGACCUCCAGGCAUGGAUUACACCUUUGAUGUGACUAAAGUGCCCGAGGAGCAGCUCACCUUCAAAGACCUGCUUUCCUGUGCUUACCAGGUGGCCCGAGGGAUGGAGUACCUGGCCUCUAAAAGGUGCAUCCACAGGGACUUGGCAGCCAGGAACGUUCUGGUGACGGAGGACAACGUGAUGAAGAUCGCCGACUUCGGCCUCGCCAGAGGUGUCCACCAGAUCGACUAUUACAAGAAAACCACCAACGGACGGCUGCCGGUGAAAUGGAUGGCACCAGAAGCCUUGUUUGACAGGGUUUACACUCACCAAAGUGACGUGUGGUCGUUCGGCGUCCUGAUGUGGGAGAUUUUCACGUUGGGGGGUUCCCCGUACCCCGGCAUUCCCGUGGAGGAGCUCUUCAAGCUGCUAAAGGAGGGACACCGCAUGGACAAGCCCUCCAACUGCACACAUGAACUCUACAUGCUGAUGCGUGAAUGCUGGCACGCCGUUCCCACCCAGAGACCAACGUUCAAGCAGCUGGUGGAGGAGCUGGACAAAUCUCUGCUGUCCAUCUCUGACGAGUACUUGGACCUGUCGACGCCGUUCGAGCAGUACUCUCCAUCGUGUGAGGACACCUCCAGCUCCUGCUCCUCCGACAACGACUCGGUUUUCACGCACGACGCCUUGUCCACCGACCCGUGCCUCCUGGCCUACCAGGACGUCCGCUCCCGGAUAGACGCCAAAACGGCUCUCAGAUAGACUCCAGAGCGGGAACUGCCUCGGGUCGCCAUCUGGUGCCGAACUGAAAGGUCGAUAGCUGCAUUUCUCCAGUUAAAAGUUUAACUCUCAUUGGACUUUUUUAUUAAAGCCCUUAGAUAGAAGUAGGCAUUUAUAUACACACACACACAUGAGGAGCACUGAGGCCGGCGGGCUUCUUCACUGCCUGGAGGUCUGAGGAAAGAAAAAUUGCGGCGUUCAGGAGAGCAAGAAAAACUCUGUACUACCUGCUUGGAAACAGCUGCUGACGUCUAAAAACCAUGGCACUACAUUCAGCAGAAGAGACCCUUUUUUUUUCUGAUUAUCCCGCCUUUGGAGAGGCGACGGACAAAGAUCUGCUUCCACCAACCCAAAAAAAAGAAAAAAAAAAAAAACCAGGGCCUCAAACCUCAGAUGUGAGGACAUUUUGAAGAAAGAAAUAAUAAUUAUUUUGCUACGAUAAAAAGUUAAGAAAUUGAUUGUUGAUAUAAAUCUCUCUAUAUAAUAAUAUUUUACAUUUGUUCUACUUAUUUAAAAAAAAAAGAAGUCUUAAAUCUCAGGAUCUCUCUCGCUAAGAAGUUGCUGUAAGUGGCAGCCAAGUGCCUGAACUGAUGAUUUCCUGUGAAUAUAUUAGAAUAAUAAAAUAUUUUAUGUACAUAUCAAUGACAGAAAAACAGCUGCCUUUCAUAAAUUAUUCUUACUGACAUAAAAUGAACGUAUUGAGGGGGAAAUGAGAGAAAAUGUUAACCUCGAAGUGCCAAACCAGCUGCAUAAACUUAUUCAAAGUCAUUUAGAAGCCGGGAAAUAAAAAAAAAGUGUCUUAACAAAGUUUCAAGAUGCAAACAAUUGCGCUUGAUAAGUCUAUUAUUUUAUUUUGAUUUCCAGCUGAAUGAAAAUGGAAGCACCAAAAGGAGUCAGGGGUUUUUGCCAUUAUUUGGAUCUCUUCAGGAUUUGAGAUUCUGCUUAAAGGUUAAGCAAACAGGUAAUAUCUAACAUUUAAUCUGCAUUAAUCCAGAUUAGAUGGACCCGGAGGCUGAAGCUAACGGCUGAAUCAAGUGGGGCGGAGACAAAAGCGGACUUCAAAUAAGUCAACACAACUCUAAUCUCAACAAUAAUAUUGUAUGAACCUUUAAAAUCCUGCAUGUUUUUCUUUUAUACAUGGAGGUAUGGACAAUGGAGGUAUAAUGCGGUGCCCCGUGACUGAUCUUCCUGUGUGAAACACUUACAGUGGAACCUUUAAAUACAACUUUAAUUAAUUUGGACAGUUUGCAUUAUGAGGCAACAACUUUGCUGUCUGAAAAGAAAGAAAAUUUAUUCCACUUAUACCACAGGACUCAAUACCAGUAAUUCUCAACAUAACUCAACAGCCAUCAAUCCCAGAGGAUCACAUUGAAACAAAUGUGGCAUGGUGACAUAAAAUAAUGUUAAAAAAAGCACACAUAUAUAGCAGGGGAAAAAACAUCUGGAAAACAAAGUUUCUGUGGGUUUGUUUGGGUUAUUUCUUGAUUUCUUGGUUAGAAAUGUUCAGGUGUGUUCAUUUCGAGAGGAACCCAGCAUGGACCAUCCAAAGUGUUUCCGAUGAGAGUAACCGUUUCUGUUUUAUGAAUUUCCACCCUGUCUUAAUUUUGUUUUUGCCAAUUAUUCUGACAGGGAUUGCGUCAUUCUCAGUACAUAUUUCACACAGGGAGAUCAAUACACCUCCAGUGCAAAAUAAACAUAAGCAUCUUUGUAAUUAACCCCUGCAAACUUACAUUUUUAUUUAAUUUCCCUCAGGGAUAAAUAAAGUAUUUUUGAAUUGAAUUUGAAUUGAAAUGUGAAGACAAUUUAAAGAUUAAAGAGAAGUUGUUUGAAGACGGUGACACUAUUUAAACAAGUUAAAUUUGCACUCAAUCAUUAUACAUCUCUACGUGUUUCACAUAGGAAACUUAUUGCUGGUCCACCACCAUCAUCCUCCAUUCCCUGCAUUUAAAACUCUUCUGUGUAAAAAAAAAAAAAAA